AUGGAUGAAUUCCGGCACCAUGUAGUCGACAUUUUGCGCUCCCUUGGCGUCAACACCGUGUUUGGUGAGCGCGUUAUUGACGAGGAGUCGGAGAUUGAGUCGUUCAGCUCGCAGCCCCACAAAUACGCAGGCAUUGUUCCUGAGCUAGUUGACUCAAUCAAGCGCAAUGCCACGAUAACAACUUCGUCUGGAAGAGUGUUCCAAGUCGACCUGGUUUUCAACACGCUUGGCGCAAAGACCAAGGUUCCGCUGGUCGAUCUGCCAUCGUCUACGGACGCCCCAAUCUUCUCACCAACUGGAAUCCGUGUCACAGGCAGCAUGCAAAUCAACGAUCCAAAGUACCCAAACAUCUUUGCCGUCGGUGAUGUAUGCAACCGUGAUUUGGUAAAGCUGGCUGGCGCAGCGGUGUCUACCGGAGGUCGCGCCGGUAUUAAUAUUGCCAAGCUUGUUUCUGCAUUGAGCGGAGAGCAGGUAGAACUCGAUGUGGGCAGUCGUGGUCGCGGUCGCGGAGAGAAGGGUGGCCAGCGCAGUGCACCACUCUAUGGUCAUAUGAAGCUCAUAUUGGGCGAGUACAACGCCGUCAUUCACAAAGGGGACGGCGUGAUCCCCCCAGAGGUCGCCAAGACGAUGGUUGCACCCGACAUGAAGCUCGGCAAGGUUCUCAAACAUAUGUUUAUCGGUACCUUCCCUGUUAACGGGGAGCAGAGAGAUUGGAAAGUUCUCAUAUUUUAA